CGAACCGACAGUUGCCUUGGAUGGCCGACACCUCGCCGAAAUACCUAGUGACAAGACUUUUGGGGUCGAAAGCCAGCUGCCAACUUUUGGCUGGGACUGCACCUUGCCAUCAGCUGUUGACGGCCCGCAAGCUGGGGAGGAAAAUGAACGAGCUCAACAAAGGCCGCUGCAACACGACCGCCACGUGCUGUUCAGCUCUGAACAUCAUCACAACGCAAUAAAUGAGCCAACCCAGCCAGGUAAGCAGCAUUCUGCCCAACCACCCCAUAUCAUUAGACACUGACAAGAGAUUGAUAAUGAUGAACUGGAAAAAAGAUGCCUCGCUUUUCACGAUGCAGCCCUCCACCAAGCCGGCAGCUAAAUACUCGAAAAGGGUUCCAGCCUCUGACAGACCUAGUCAGAACCAAGCCCCAGCUGAGGUAGCAUCAUGGUCGCAAUCCAAGAGAUGGCUAAGCUCGGAAACCAAAGAGCGCAGGGCAUUUCAGAAGAUGAUGCUUAACCUUCAGUUCAUGAAGGCCGACCAGUCACCUUUUAUUCCAAAGACCCCGGCGGAGUUGACCAAGUUCAAGAUCUCUCUUGCUGAAGCCAGACAACAGAAGCUUGCCCACGAGGUCAGCAUCCUAGAAGCAAAAACUCGACAAAAAGAGAUGGCGAAGGCGUCAGGCUUGGCACUGGUAUCCAAGCCGCAGGUCACUCUGUUCAACGGACGAGACAUGGGGGACAGGCUUUCUCCAGUGUUCGCUGCCCAAAAUUGCUUCAACAAACAAGACAUAGCUGAAGUCAACGGUCGUGUGGAAUGGCCAUCGCUAGCUGAGCUGAAAGAAGAAGGCGACAGACGUACUAGAUAUGGCCGAUACCUCCCCCUUCCUCGAAUCAACGCCGCUGCUUUCAAAAUCUCGGAGGGAGAGCAGGAACACGCCUACAAAGCAGACGGAACCAUCUUGUAGGAGAAGAAGGCCGUGAACACCGGAUCCUGGAACAUCCCGCCCAUCACGUCAUCACUCGAAGACGACUCGGACGAUCUGCCGCAACUCGAGCUCGCCGAUCUGAACGGGUUUAUGAGAGACUUUGUAUUGGAUAUUCAGAAGCACGGAUCUUGAAGAAAGAGGGCAUCAACAAGGGCGAUACCAGAGCGUAUUUGUCACAAAGUCGUCCGAGAAGGAGAAGGCAGUGUCAUUGGUUUUCGAUAGGGCUUUUGGACUUUUCGAUAUGAUGAAUCAGGUCAGGAGAGAAGAAUCUCACAGGAUGCAACGAAAAAAACGUAUGAGGCGGCACACUGGCUAUUAGGACAAGAGGAACAGGAAAUUUGUCAAUGUAGGAAAUCUGGUCAGAUCAUGGCUUUCGCUGAAUCGUAUUGAAAUCUCGCAAGUCGUUAUAUGU